CUCUCUCUCUCUCUCUUCACGAAAAGUCAUAAGUGAUCUACCGGCAAAAUCAUCACCUGAAACUGAAGCGUCGUUGACGGAUGAUUCAGGGAAGCUUGUAGAGGAGAGACGCAUUCGGAUACGAUUAAUUCUUCUUCCUUUUAUUCGCCACUGUUGGCCAGAGAAGAGAAGAGAACCGUCUGAAACGGAAGAAGAGAGGAAAUGCAACAAACAAGAAGAAAAAGAACAAAGCGACAAGGUGGAGAACCCUUGUUCCAUUUAUCCAAAGCUCUUGAAUAGAAAAAGAAGGGAAGUUAUUCUGAUUGGAGUUGGCCCGCCUUCUUGUACUGUGAUGGGUUCCAAAGACAUCGAUUAUUGAACUCUCUGUGUUUAUGCAGUUAAUUGUAAAAAUGGUCAUAUUUAGACCGUGUAGGCCCUCUUAGUCAAGCAAUUGUGUGGAUGAAGAUUCUGAUUAGUAGGGCACUCACGCUUUGUAUUGUUUCCCUGAGCAAGACGCACACAAAGCCAAUUAUAUGUGUGUGUGUGUGUAGAGAGAGAGAGAGAGAGGGAGUUUCAGAUGCAAGAUUUCGACCACAAACAUCAGCUCAAUCCGACGACGACGGAGGAGGAAGACAAGGAUGAGAGAUGUGAAGUUUGCCAAGAGCGAAUCCUGGGCGAAGCGUACAGCUGCACCGGCUGUCAUUGGUGGUGGCACAGACCAUGCGCCAAGCUGCCGCGGCAGAUCGACCACCCAUUCCACCGGCAACACCCUCUCCUCCUCCUCCGCAGAGCCCCCUACUCAUCCGGUAAAUACAGUUGCGCGGCUUGUGGAGAAAACCGAACAAACUAUGCUUACCACUGCCCCAUCUGUGACUUCUUUCUUGAUGUCAAAUGUGCCUCUCUCGAACCCCAAAAUGGUGAAACCCAGAUGCAAAUUCAACCAAUUUCUACCCAACCACAUCCACAUCCUCUAAUCCCCUGUUCUAAGGGCAGCGGCAUCCAUAAUUUUUCUUGCUCCUACUGCGAUUUGCCUUUGGAAGGUAUGUUUCUGGUAUGUCUCCAUUGCCACCAUUCUGUCCACCAAUCCUGCUCUCAGUUUCCGCAAGAAAUCAGCCACCCAAUUAACCAACACCGCCACCCCUUCACCCUCCAGUCAGUUGUGCAAAUAGCCAGCUUCUGCCACUUAUGCGGGAAGCUAAUCACCAAGCGCUUUAGCUUCCAAUGCAGAAAAUGUGAUGACCUUAAUCUUGAUUUUCGUUGUGCUUCCCUGAAACCCACCAAAAUAAGCCAUGAUUUGGAGUUGCAGAUUCAAAAUUUCAGCCACCCUCAUCCAUUCACCGCCUUUGAGAACCCCAUGAACUUCCCAUUCUCUUGCCGUUUGUGUGAAUUGCCCAUCAAAGACACCAUUUUUACUUGCUUCCAAUGCAAGUUGAUCGUCCACAUUUCUUGUGCUCUCUUGCCAAGAGAAAUCAAACGCCACCCAUUUCAUCCUCAACACCCGAUCAAACUCCACGAUGACAACACUCAAUCUUGCUCCUGCGAGUUUUCUUGCAGGCUCUGUAGAAGUUACCAGGGAAGACACAACCGGGAUUUUCACUAUGAAUGUCUUGACUGCAAAUUUACCGUCCAUAGUAGAUGCGCUUUAUCAAUGCCGCUUGCCGUGAAGUUCAAAACUCACCACCACCCUCUGGCCUUCCUCGACCUCAAGAAAUCUAAUGCAAGGCAUCACUGCAAUGCUUGCCGCCAAGAGUGCCAGUCGGGGUUCUUCCAGUGCGUGAACUGCCAGUUUGCUCUCCAUUUGCGUUGCAUUCCGAAUUUGCCACCUACUGUGAAAGAUAAGUAUCACCGGCAUCCCCUUAACCUCGCGACUUCACCGAUUAAGGACUAUCCAGAUGAAGGCGAUGAUGCAGAAUUUUUUUGUGACAGCUGCGAGAAAAGGAGAAAUUUGCGUGAUCCCAGUUACUACUGUGGCGAGUGCCAUUAUGUUGCUCAUGUUCACUGUGUCACAUCCGAGGUGUUGAGAUUCUUACAAGAUAAAGGGCAAGAUGAAGUGAAUCUUGGGAGUGAGAGUGACACUGCUCUGGUAGAAGAAGCCAAGCAAGAGAUAACAGAGUUGGAGAAAGAGGUGGAUAAAUUGCAAACGAGACUUGUUGAGUUGCGCAUGGAGGAACAGUCACUGUUAUCACAAUUGAAAUUAGUCACGACAAGACUAGACGCAUUGAAAAAGAGCAAUUAGAUAUCUCCUUCCUAUUCUAGCUAGCUUCUUCAAUGGGUUCCACACAGCUCUUCCAACAACGAUUUUUCUUUUUCUUUUAAUCAAAAGCCAUACCCUAAGACAACCUGGAGUGGAUUUCUUUAAUUCAUGAUGUUGGAUUUGAAGAGCUUUUCUAGUUUCUGCAGUAGACAUAAGACCAACGACGUAAAUUUCAGGGCAAAGAAGGCAUUGUAGUUACUUUUAAAAAGUUUAAAGGCGGAUUGAGGCAGUUUGUUUUAAAACUAAGAGAUGUACAAAUUAAGAGAUAUACUUACUAUUGAAACAAUGAAUGGUG